AUGAAGGGAUUUGCGAUAUUCGGUCAAUCGUCGGUCCAUCGUCAGCAGGCCCUGCUGCUGCUGCUUCCUCUUCUUUUCGUCGGCUCCGUUGUCGGCGAGAUAGAGAGACGUACCUCGAAACAAAUGGUUGAGGAAUCUCCAGAGACUUUAGCCUCUACUCUGAGCAAGGAUUGUGGCAAAUCCUACAGUGCCACUUGCCUGAAACUAGACGUGGUAUCCUUCCUGGAUAGAUUAUCUGAACAGGAAGACAUCAAUAUCCUACCGGGAGUGUCGGUGAUCAAAGAAAAUAGUUCUGCCAGUAUGCCAGCUUCCGAGGUUGUCGCCAAUCUGGCUAGGGAUUUCCCUAACGACGUGGAGAAGAGACUGGACGCGUAUCUGGUUCACAAGGUCGGAAGCUACCUGAACAGCCACUCGAUAUCCAUCAAAUUGUUCGAUCCCAGGACCUUCGAGGCUGCUAGGAACUUUAACGAGGAAACGUUGGCUCAACUUGGCCUUGGCGGUGGACAGAGUGUCGGAACUGGACGUAAGAAGGAGAAGGGCGGUAUGAACGGUUUAUUCGCUGGUCUGAUGAUGAUGAAGGGUACCCUCGGCGCUAUCGGUUUCGGUGCCCUCGCCCUACUCGCCGGAAAAGCUCUGAUGACCGGUCUGAUGGCCCUCAUGUUAUCAGCCAUCGUUGGUUUGAAAUCUUUGGCCGGUGGUGGCGAAAAGAAGACUACCUACGAGAUUGUCAGUAAACCCGUAUACUCGAGUUCUCAUACUCACAGCUCCGAGGAGCACCACGGCCACGGCUAUGGACAUUCCGGAUACGGGAGAUCCUUGGACACGAUCCACGACAGCGUCCAGCAGGCCGUUCUGAAAUAUGGCAACGCGCGGGAUCGUCGAUCGCUAUUCCGGCAAAAUUAA